AAUACAAAGUCAGAUGGAAAUCUGAAAUAUGUUUUAAAAUAAAAAAAAACUUUUUAGAUUUUUGAAUUUACUUCGGAAUAAUUGAAAAAUGCACCCACCUCCAAAGACGAUUUGUAAGAAAAGAAAUAAUAUUAAGUUGACAGCUGUCAAGAAAACUUCAAGUGCAGGGUUGUAUUUAAAUUUAAUGCAUUUAACUCUUUUUGAAAUUCUUUUCCAUCAAGUCAUUAAUUAUAUUGAUAAAUCAAAUAGAAAUAGGAUAAUAUAAUGUUUUUAAACAAUUUUUAUUAAGUAAGCUAAUAUGAUAAUGACAUGGUAGAAAUUAUAUACCUAUAAUCGAUAACUAAGCAAAUUGUUCGAGUAGCACUAAAAAAAAAAUAACAUCCUCUGCAGCAUGUGUACAGAUAUAACGAAACGUCAAAAUAUUUUGUUUUGAUUUUCACAACACAAGUCUAAUCUACGUCAAACAAAAAUAUCUUUUGAUUUUAUUAAAACUAUAAGAAUAAAGAAAUGAACAAAAUAAAAAAGCCAAAAUCUUUCCAAAAGCCUCCUCCAUUAGUAGCGCCCCGUCGAGAGACACCUGAAAAUGAGGCACAAAUAGAAUUGGAACUUUGUUGGUGUGUUCAGCAGUUGGAAAACGCACUUAAUUCAGGAAAGCUAUCUCAAAAGAUAGCCGAUGAUACUGUGAAGAAUGUACGGGUGCUUAAAAGUUCAACUGCACCGCUUGUUAAAAAGCGUCAGGUUAUGAAAGCCGCACUUGGAGAUUACCGUGCUAAAAUGAAAGAAGAGGAAAAGAAAAUGGCUCUUGCGGCUAAACAAAUUAAAUUUACACAAACUAUUGAAGCAAAUAAAAAGUCAAGCUUCUUAAAAAAAGCUGCUAUUAUCCAAACGGGGAAAGAGUUCCGCUUCAAUUUUUCGACUCCUAACGUUGAUGAUGUUUCUGAAUCAACGGAAAACGAUUUAAGUGGCAUAAAGAGUUUAGAUAUUAAAAACGAAAACGGGUCAACCAUAUCCAAAGACUUACAUUUAACUGGCGGUGGUUUUAAAUUUAACUUUAUAGUAAAUGAAAAUAAUGAUGAUUUAAAUUUAAGUGGACUGUCCAUUAAAAGCUAAAACUAAAUUGAGAAAAUAAAGAAUUAUGUUGAAUUUAAGAUGGGAGUGAUAUGCCUACGAUUUCAUUAUGAUAAGAGACUGCAUACUUUUUCUUUGUACAAGUACUUCUGUUUUUUAAUUAAAUAAAAUAGUAAUUUUCGGUGAGAUUUUUAUUUGUAAAAAGAUGUAAUUUUAUAUCGCACAGAAUUAACCCUUGAUGUCGAAACCGUUUUCUUCGCUUUAUAUACUAUCUACGUAGUGAUAUGGCAGCACUGAAACAUCAGUCAAGCAGAUAUCGAACGAGACAACGAAACGAAAAACGAGAAAAUUUUGCAAGAUUUUAUUUGAUAGGAAUCGAGAAUCGGCGAAAAAAUUGGAAAAGGAUAAGUUUAAGAAAUACUGAUCGGUUAAUAUUGGCGGCAAAUUUUUAAUGAAAAUUAUCUAAUAAAGGCGUUGAAUAUUUGCACUGUAAAAUGUUUUAGAAAAUAUUACCAAAUUAGGAGAAAAGUGACAUUUGGAGUAAGUUAAUGUGUUGCGAGCGCGAGCCCACACGAAACGAGGUAGAAAGCCAAUCCGAAAAUAAAAGGUAAAUGUGUAUGGAGCCGCGAAAAUUCCAAAUUUGGGAAAACUCAAAAUAGGCUUAGGACGACAAAACUUCAAAUAUUACCACAGAAAAAACUGUUAGUAGUCAAAAAGUGUUUACAUCCCCUCGAAAACUCGCUUAAGGUCGAAAAAGGUCGGUUGACCAGAAAUACCUACAUUUACAUUGGUAAAUAUUAUUACGCUACCUGUACUCCGUAAUAGUUUAUAACUUAAAAAAAUGGCUGGAAGGCAACGACCCGGUUUCAAAUUUGUUAUCCAGAAGGAACCCGAGCCGGAAAUUAUGCCACCAAGAAAUUUAGACUCGAGUGCUACAAUUAAUAUAGGUAAUCAACAAUUUGAAAUCAAUGCAGACAGCUUGGAAAAGAUUGCCGAUUUAGGACGUGGAGCUUAUGGUAUUGUGGAAAAAAUGAGGCAUGAACAGACAGGCACGGUAAUGGCGGUGAAACGCAUAACAGCGACAGUUAACCGAAAUGAACAGAAACGCCUACUUAUGGACUUGGACAUAUCCAUGCGUUCGAGCGACUGCCCAUACACAGUGCAUUUUUAUGGCGCACUAUUCCGAGAAGGUGACGUUUGGAUUUGUAUGGAAGUAAUGGACACAAGCUUGGAUAAAUUUUACCCAAAGGUGUUUAGAAACAACCUAACUAUGGAAGAAAGUGUGCUGGGCAAAAUUGCCAUGUCGGUUGUGAAUGCGCUGCAUUAUCUGCAUGCACAACUAAAAGUUAUUCAUCGCGAUGUUAAACCAUCAAACAUUUUAAUCAACCGGAGUGGUGAAGUAAAAAUGUGUGAUUUUGGUAUCUCAGGUUACUUGGUUGAUUCUGUUGCAAAAACGAUUGAUGCUGGGUGUAAACCAUACAUGGCACCCGAGCGCAUCGACCCACAGGGCAAUCCAGCUCAAUAUGAUAUACGUUCUGAUGUCUGGUCGCUGGGUAUCAGUAUGAUUGAAAUGGCAACCGGCAGAUUUCCAUACAAUCACUGGACUACACCAUUUGAGCAAUUGAAACAGGUGGUGAAUGAGAGUCCACCACGUCUUGAACCUGGUCAAUUUUCACCCCAAUUCGAAGACUUUAUAGUUAAGUGCUUGCAGAAAAAUUAUAAGGCACGUCCCAAUUACGAACAGCUGCUGAAACACGAAUUCAUUGUCGAACACAUAGAACGCGACACGGAUAUUUCAGAAUUUGUGUCCAGAAUAUUGGAUUUGCCGGAGUAAUGGGUUCGUACAUUGGCUACUUCCUUACUGAACUGUAAAAUAUUAAUAAUUGAAGAAAAAAUAAUAGUGGUUAAGUAAACGAUUUAUAAUAAACAAUUAACACUCCUAUAAACACUUUAAACUAAUUUAGCGCAGUGAGUUAAAAAAAUAUAAAAGGCUAAAAUUACGAAAUGAAAAAACGAUACUUACUAAUUAUGCCUUAAAAACAAGUGUAUCAGAUGUUACAUUAUGUAGGACGUGAAGAUGUAAUUGUUUCAUAGUAUUUUGAAAACUGUUGUCUUAUAAAGAGAAAAACAUACAUGUUUUAUAAAAACAAAAUGCGUAAUGAUGAGAGAUUUAUCAUUCGACAACCAAUAACAAUUAAUUAAUAAAAUAUAAAGAUCUAUGAAUAUUAUAAAUUCAAUCUUGGAGAAUUAAGUGUGCCUAUUUAGAUUUUAAUAUAAAAUUGUUAUUCAUGCCGUAAUAAAAAAGCAUAAAAUACUUUAAGUAUGUGCUGAAAAUAAAAAUAUAAAUAAUAUCGAAGCAAAAAAUCAGAAAAAAAAAACCAUAAAUAUUUACGAAAGAAAUGUAAUGUGGUAAAAUAAUACUAAGCGCAUAAUUCAUGAAAAACUGAAAUAAACUGUGUGCUAAUCGCCUAAA